UUUAUUGGUAAGGAUGAAGGACGGAAGACGGUGAAAAAGGCAAAGGCGAGAGAAAGCAAAAGCAGCAAGGAGAGAAUGUCGUGGAGAGGGAAGAGAAAAGAUGAGGACGAUCACGCAUCGGAAGGGGACUCUGAGGGCCACGCGCCACCCAAAAAGGCCUCCAAGAGAGACACGGACUCCGACUCCUCCGACGACAUCACUGUCUGCGAGAUUUCCAAGAAUAGAAGGGUAAGCGUGAGGAACUGGAAUGGCAAGGUUGUGGUUGACAUUCGCGAGUUCUAUGUCAAGGAUGGCAAGCAAAUGCCUGGAAAAAAGGGAAUCUCGCUGACGAUGGAUCAGUGGAAUGUGCUGCGGAAUCACGUGGAAGAAAUUGACAAGGCUGUCAACGACACCUCUUAAGCUAAAAGCUUUGAUUUAUAUUACUAGAUUAUGUGCUAGCUUGAUUCAAACGGCUGAAAUUUUGUUUUGGGUGUCGGAAAGUGAAAUCAGGUGCUGGUGUUUUGUAUUUACCUAGAAGUGAUAACUGGAAAUUUGGAUCGAUGCAUGUAAUCACUUUAUCAAGUAUGUCUAGGAAAAGAAGGUUUUAUGAUC